GAAGCGGCGGCGGGGUGUGGAGCGGAGCGGGCCGGGCCGCGCCGUUUCUAGGCCGCCGGCCCGGCAUGGCCCGGAACACGCUGUCCUCGCGCUUCCGCCGCCUGGACAUCGACGAGUACGACGAGAACAAGUUCGUGGAGGAGCCGGACGAGGCGGCGGCGGCGGCCGAGCCCGACCCCGGCCCCGAGGUGGAGGCGCUGCUGCGGCAAGGUGAUAUGCUCCGAGCUUUCCACAUGGCCUUAAGGAAUUCUCCGCUUAACACGAAGAAUCAAGCAGUAAAGGAACGGGCCCAGGGUGUAGUCUUUAAGGUUCUUACUUCCUUCAAAAGCAGCGAGAUAGAACAGGCAGUAAACUCCUUAGACAAAAAUGGCAUUGACUUGUUAAUGAAGUACAUUUAUAAAGGAUUUGAAAAGCCAACAGAAAACAGCAGUGCAAUAUUACUUCAGUGGCAUGAAAAGGCAUUAGCAAUAGGUGGACUAGGUUCCAUAGUAAGAGUUCUUACAGCAAGAAAGACUGUUUAAAAGACUAUUAACUUGAACCGAGAUGACGCUCAGUUUUGGACGCAGAAGAAAGAACUGACACAACACUGGUCCAUCUUUUCUAGAAAUUGCAAUCUACUGACAUACUUUGGAAACCUCCUGUUGGAAUGCUCUUAAUUUUAAAGGUGGGGAGAAGAAUAAAUGUAUUACUGUAUAUUUUCUGACUAUCUAAUGCAGGAGCCAAGACAUUCCCUUCUUGUUUAAGUAGAGCAGAAGGUACAAGUUCUGCCCUCCUGUUACUGUAAGUGAAGAGGUAAUUCUCUGAUGCUGCUCUAUCAAAGUGUGGUGACAUGAGAUCCUGUGUGUAUUGCAUAUUUAAGAGGUAGCUAUGUCAUUGGCAGAAGCAAGAAUCUCAUGGUUUUGGGGUUAAGUAAAUGUUCCUUUGAAAGGCUUUUUGAGGUUUUUUGUACAUAUGGUCAAAAGACUAGUUGGACUACUAGGCUGACUUCAUUGUAAAGUGCCUGCUGCAUCAAUAAAGUUUUUGGAUUGUAAGAGUAAA